CAAUCAACACGCAUCAGCUUGCCUUCAAUUUCGCACCCUAAUCACUCUCCGACUUGAAAAAUCCGUACCGUUCCAUCAAAACAUGCAAGUGGCAAGAUGAUGACACAAAUCCACUCGCUUGUCGAUGUUGUUGACAGCGUGCGCCAUCGCUCGCCCCAGAGACAAGUGAUGCCGGCAAAAAACGCUGAAAGCCUCCGCAGUGCGUGGGAAAAUGAUGAGAUCCACGAAGACGACUACACACGCAUCUCGGUUCUUUUUGAGUGUAUGUACGAGAACCGCUCUGGGUACAAGGACUCCGAAAAUGGCGGCCAGGGCUUUUGGACCUUGGUCCAAAGAUAUGUCUACUGGGCGCGCCUGGUCGGGUUCGAGGACCUCAUCGUUCUAACUAAUGUCAUCAUCGAUCAUCAAUGCAAGGGUCGUCUCUCGGAGAGCAAUUAUUCCAAGAAGAAAAGUGUCGAUGACAUAAUCGUCGCCGUCAAGCGCUGGGUCCGCUGGCUCAAGCCAGAUGCUUUAGGCGCCAGUCCCUCCAACCGACCGCUGCAAACCGGAGGCAACAUCUCUCAAGUACAAGCUACCGGUUGCUACUUCGCGCCAAUCAGAAUAAGCCCAGCUAACCGCGACCAUCGCCAAUAUACUGACAGCGGAGAAGUAGGGGACAGUAGCAUGGUGGGCCAUGGUUCGAGCAUGGAGAAUUCGCCUGAACCCGAGACAGAGACGGCGAGACAAUCGACUUCAAGCCCGGCGACCUUGACCGAGACUCAAGAACAGGUGCGACAAGCCUGGCAAAUGUUAGCCGAAGCCAACAGAGCCAAGACACCGACUUGGUGGGAACAAGGAGCCCAGCAGUAGAAGAUGGUUAAGCAUGUCGCUUUCAGUUUCCGCUUCUGCCAUUUCAAUAGGCAGACAGCACCUAUAACUCUGAGAAGGUCAUGCCGUUAUGGUUUUGCAAGGGGAUAUCAGUUUGAUCUUAAUUUAGAUCAACAAAGUAAAAAGCAACAAACGUCUGUCGGGAAUGGUCGGGCAGGCAGGGCUUUACAAAGGGUUGUCGUUUCUAACGUCCUAGGAGGAACCUUGUGACAUUAAGGGAGGCAUAAUUAAUUAUGGCUUUAAACAGAGAUCUAUAGCUGGGUGGAAAGCUCUCGUCAUUGCUUUUGGCAUUGCAU